ACGGCCACCAGAGAGCGGUGCGGACCGACCCGCCGCCGACCCAGCACAGGAAACGAACACGUGAACACCAGCCUUGUACUCGGCCACUUUCCGAGGCAGGGAGACGUGUGAAAGAAUGAGAUGUGGUUUCUGUCUGUGCUGAAUGAUGAACGCACAGAAUCAGGCGGCUCUGGAUAUCUCGACGAAGAACCCACAAGAUGACUUUGAGAUCAUCCAGCGAGUUGGUGGCGGGACGUACGGGGAGGUGUACAAGGCUCGGCAAAAACACACUGGCCAACUGGCAGCAGUAAAGAUCAUCAAGAUGGAACCCGAUGACGACUUUUCAGUUAUUCAACAGGAGAUUUCCAUAGUGAAAUCCUGCACCCAUCAGAACAUUGUCGCAUAUUAUGGAAGCUACAUCCGGUCCAACAAGUUGUGGAUUUGUAUGGAAUUUUGUGGAGGAGGAUCACUACAGGACAUUUACCAUGUCACAGGCCCACUCACCGAGUUACAGAUCGCCUAUAUCAGCAGGGAAAUGCUACAGGGUUUGGAAUAUCUACACAAUCAGGGGAAGAUACAUCGAGAUAUUAAGGGUGCAAACGUUCUCAUCAAUGACAAUGGGGAUGUGAAGUUAGCUGACUUUGGGAUUUCGGCACAAAUUACUGCCACAUUUGCCCGAAGAAUGUCCUUCAUCGGGACACCAUACUGGAUGGCCCCUGAAGUGGCUGCCGUGGAGUUCAAAGGGGGCUACAACGAGCUGUGCGACAUCUGGGCAGUUGGCAUCACGGCCAUUGAGCUGGCAGAGCUACAGCCACCCAUGUUUGAUGUUCAUCCUCUGAGGGUUCUCUUUCUAAUGUCCAAAAGUGGUUACCAGCCUCCUAAAUUAAAGGAUAAAGGGAAAUGGAGCUCGGCCUUCCACAACUUUGCUAAGGUGACGUUAACCAAGAACCCCAAGAAGAGGCCAGCAGCCAGCAAGAUGUUGACGCACCAGUUUGUGUCACAGUCCGGUCUGAGCCGAGCUCUAGUCCACGAGCUGAUCGACAAGCUCCGGAACCCAGACAAACACUCCAGCCUGCGGGAGGUGGACGAAGAUGACAUUGAGCCUCCCCCCGCUGUCCCGCGCAGGAUACAGUCGACCAACCGACACUCACAAGCAGAGAGAACAAACUCCGAAAUAAUGCUACACAACAUUCAGUUUGAGGAGGCCUUACGGAGGGAGGAGAGCUGGCAGAGUAAGGAUCAAUCUCUGGAUCAAACUUCAGGUUAUUCACACAGUACAUCCAGUCCUGGGAGGGACAGCAGGAAGAAAACUUUCGACUCGGAUGACGAUUACGAUGAUAUUGCCGUACUGACCGAGAGCCUGCGGACUGACAGCCCUCCACCUUUACCGCCUAAGCCCAAGUUCCGGACCAGUUCCGAGGACAGCCUCCCGGAAGAGGAGAAGGUGAAGACCGUGGCCCGCCACCCACAGUGCACGCGUUUACCGACCUCACUGGUGCGCUGCUCCAGUGGCCCGCUGGAAGCCUCCAGGAAGCCAGCCAUGGGGCCCUCCAGGAGCCCUGUCCACUCUGCCAUCAACGUCAGCAGCUCAGAUCCCAGCCAGUGGGCGAGUCACCUUGCCAGGGACACAGGAGCAACCCCGCCACUGCUACCUCGCAGGAAGGAGAAGAAGGAGAGAGCGGUAGCACCCGAGUCUGAAGCCCCUGUUGUCCAGAAGGUGCAGGUGGAGGUUCCAUUACAGAAAGUGUUUAAUGGCUGUCCUUUGAAGAUUAAUUGUGUAACAUCAUGGACGCACCCCAACACCAGAGCCCAGCACCUUAUACUGGGGUCAGAGGAAGGGAUUUACACCCUGAAUCUAAAUGAGCUGCAAGAGGCCACAUUAGAACUGCUGUAUCCAGGACGAUGUAUUUGGGUUUACAUUGUCAGUAACGUAUUAAUCAGUAUUUCAGGGAAAACGAUGCAACUACACUCACACAGCUUGCUGGGGCUGUAUGAACAGGCCAAGAAGGAGCAGAGGUCAAUGGUUCACAUUCCAACACAUCGACUCUUACCCAGGAAGAAUGUAACAUCCAGUAAGAUUCCAGACACCAAAGGCUGUAGGAAGUGUUCUGUUGUGCGGAACUCUCCCACAGGAUGCUGCUACCUGUGUGGAGCGUUGGAGUCCAGUAUCGUUCUCCUGCAGUGGUACGAGCCCAUGCAGAAAUUCAUGCUCAUUAAGCACUUUGACUUCCCGCUGCCCAAUCCCCUCCGAAUGUUGGAAGCAUUGGUGGUGCCGGAGCAGGAAUAUCCAGUUGUCUGCAUUGGAAUCAGCACAAAGUGUUCCUCCAACAAGAUUGUACAGUUCCGGACCAUUAACCUCAAUUCCUCCUCAUCCUGGUUCACAGACCUGGGAACGGCAGGUCAGCAGGAAGAGUUUACCCACGUGAGCCAACUGGACAGUGAAACAGUGCUGGUGUGUAUUGGCCAAAAUGUAAAAGUUGUAAAUAUUCAAGGAAACCUUAAGACAAGUAAGGAUCUAAUCCCAGAGGUGACAUUUGAUAACCCGGUGGAAUCCGUGGUCUGCUUCUCUGACAGCAUCCUGGCAUUUUGGAAACAUGGGAUGCAGCGGAAGAGUUUCAGGACCUGUGAGAUUUUUGAGCAGAAAACAGAAACUAGUCGGCUCUAUCGCUUUUUAGGAGCUGACAGCUGUAGACUCGUUGUCUUUGAGACCAAGCCGUCAGAUGAUCCCACUUCCCACAGCAACCUAUAUAUCAUGAAAGUACCGGAGAAUCCUUUUGUGGAAUGAGGGCCAGCCACUGAGAUGCAGCCACUGUCAGGCAGUGAGACCAUUCCCAUGGGAAGCUGGGCAAAACAGGACUGUUGCCAACUGGUGGAUGCUUGCCGGAUAUUUAAAGCUGCAAAGCCUUUCUUGCUUGUCAAUAUGUGGGUCGAAGAUUUGUUCUUGACCGUUAAAUCUCCAUUAGAAUGGGUGCCUCUGUAUUAUAGCAACAUCUACAAAACCAAUAGUGUGUAAAGUUUGAGUGAGAAUUGAGUGCUUUUCUAUAAAUAAAGAAAUAUAUUUGAUGUGUUAU